AUGAUUAAAAGCAAUAGAACAAAAUUAAGAAGAAUUAAAGCUGAAAUAGAUAGCAUUGAUUAUAAUAAUCCACAAGAAUCACAAAUAAAUGAUAUGCAUCAAAAUGAUUCAAUUUCAUUGAAUUGUGAAGAUGAUGUUGCUACUAAUACUAUAAAUGCUGCUUAUGACUCCACUAGUAUUUUUUUUGAUGUUAAAUCACCUACUUUAGUUAUUGACACUGAAUCAAACAACCCAUUUCAAGGUAUAGACUGCAGUGAUGAAGAUGAUCAAUUACUUUCUGUAGAAACAGAGCCUAAUAUUAAUGAAAUGCUUGCAGACUGGGCAGUUAGUUGUAAAAUACCAUUUAACAGUAUGAAUCAACUGUUAUCAAUUUUAAAAAAACAUAAAUGUUUUUCUAAAUUACCUAAAGACAGCCGAACUUUAUUAGCUACACCCCAGUCACCAAAUUUAAAAUAUAUUCGUAAUGUCGACCCUGGAUUAUAUCAUCACUUUGGUUUGGCUAUUGGUAUAGUUCAGUGUUUACAAGACAGUUCGGUAAAUGAUUCGGUUAUUCAAAUCGCAAUAGGCAUUGAUGGAUUGCCAUUAACAAAGUCUAGUAAUAGCCAACUAUGGCCUAUUUUGGCAUUUAUUAUGAACACUGACAACUCAAAACAAACAGUUUUUCCUGUAGGUAUUUAUCAUGGAAAUUCCAAACCUAAAGACAGUGAUGAUUUUAUAUAUGAUUUUGUUAUGGAAGCACGUGAAUUAUCUGAUAAUGGAAUUAUUAUUAACAACUUAAAAAUGUUUGUUUCUAUUAAAGUAAUUUGUUGUGAUGUCUCUGCUCGCUGUUUUGUGUUGAAGACAAAAUAUCACUCUGGUUUUAAUUCAUGUUCACGAUGCAUUAUUGAAGGGGAAUACAUAAAUAAUCGUGUUUGUUUCCCAUAUUCAAAUAUAUAUUCUGCUCCAAGAACUGAUGAAGACUAUCGAAAUUGCAAAAAUGAAGAAUAUCAUAAUUCACCAAAUCCUUCAAUAAUUACCAAUUUACCUAAUUUUGAUAUUACAAAAUCUUUUAUUUUAGAUUAUAUGCACCUCACAAAUUUAGGGGUAAUGCGUAAGCUAUUGUCUUUUUGGGUUCUCAAAGGGCCUUCAAAUGUUCGACUUUCUGGGAAAAAAAUAUCUGAGUUAACUGAAUUAUUACUAAAACUGAGACCGUUUGUUAUUCAGAAUUUUGUAGAAAACCUAGAGAAGUUCAAGAUAUUCUUCGAUGGAAGUCUACAGAAUUUCGAUUAUUUCUAA